AUGGAGCAGCAGCCGGCGGCCAGCGACAACAAGGGCCCGAUGCUGAUGGCGACGCUCUGGACGCUGCACGCCAUUACGCUCAUUGCCUUUUCCGUCCGGCUGUGGUCACGGUUGAGACCCAAGUUUGCGCUGACGGCGGCCGAUUAUACAAUCACCAUCGCCGUGCUCUCCAAGACAGCAUCGAUGGGCCUCGUCACGGCAUGCGUGCACCUCGGGUUUGGCCAGCACGCCGUCCACGUGGACCGCUCGGCGCGGGCAACGGUCAACACAUACCUGUUCAUCAUCUACAUCCUGAGCAUGAUCGCAACGUCUUUCGCAAGGAUAUCCAUCGGGUGUUUGUUGCUCCAGGUGACGCUGGACCGGCGAUGGCGGAUCUUGAUAUACGGGUCCAUCUUCAUCCAGGCCGCCAACAUGCUCAUCUACAUUGCCUUCCAGUUCGCCCAGUGCCAGUCGAGCUUAUCGAGCAUGAUUGAUCUGAAGAACACGAACUGCUUGACCCCGGCGCAGGUGGUGUGGUUUUCACAUGCUAAUAACGCCGUCGCAUUCGCCUCCGACCUCAUCUGCGCCAUCAUACCCGGAAUCCUCAUCAAAUCCCUGACACGGAGCACCGUCGAAAAAGUCCUGACUUUCGCGCUGCUGGCGGCGUGCCUGGUUGCGAGCGGCGUCGUCAUUGCAAAGAUGUACUACACCAUAGUCUUUGACUUUGCGUCGUCGGACGGGUUUUAUAUCAUGGUCGACAAGAUGUUUUGGUCGCGGAUCGAGGAGUCGGUCAUCAUCAUUGCCGCCUGCGCUCCGUUACUACGGGGUCCGGUUGAGAGGGGCUUGAAGAGGUUGGGGUUCAGGGGCAUACGCCCGCCCACGCCGGCGCUGAAUUCGGUCGGGGAGCAGGUGACUGGGAGUAGUAAGGGUAGUUCGGUUUGA